AUGGCCUCAACUUCCUUUCAAAAACUCCUUUUUCUUUCUCUGUUUUUGCUGGUUUCACCAAUCUCGGCCAAGGCUAUUUCCCCACGGCAAACCACUCCUUCCAGCCCCGCAAAACUACAAGCAGAAAAGCUUAUAAGAGGACUUAAUUUGUUCCCAAUAGAUGAUGCUAAUGAAGGUAUCAAUGACCUUACGGUUGAGAAUUCAAAGAUUGUUGUAAGGCAAUUUAGAUUCCCUUUGCUUGGUGCUCCUUCCCCUUCUCUUGAAAACCUUGCUCACCAUGCUGGAUACUAUAAACUUCCACAUUCUAAAUCUGCUAGAAUGUUUUACUUUUUCUUCGAAUCUCGGAACAGCGAGAAGGACCCUGUAGUGAUUUGGUUGACUGGAGGUCCAGGAUGCAGCAGUGAAUUGGCGUUGUUUUAUGAAAAUGGUCCUUUCCAUCUAGCUAAGAACUUGUCACUUUUAUGGAAUGACUAUGGCUGGGACAAGGUAUCGAACAUUCUGUUCGUAGAUCAGCCGAUUGGAACCGGUUUCAGUUAUACUUCAGAUGAUACUGACAUUCGUCACGAUGAAAACGGUGUCAGCAACGAUUUGUACGACUUCUUGCAGGCCUUUUUCAAGGAGCAUCCUCAGUAUGUUAAGAAUGACUUUUACAUAACUGGAGAAUCGUAUGCCGGGCAUUACAUUCCGGCUUUCGCAGUUCGAGUUCACAAGGGAAACGAAGCUAAAGAGGGAAUUCAUGUUAACCUUAAGGGUUUCGCCAUUGGUAACGGGUUAACAAACCCUGAAAUUCAAUACCAAGCAUACCCAGAUUAUGCUUUGAACUCCAGUUUAAUUUCACAAUCUGAUUAUGUUAAUAUCAAGAAGUCGGUUCCAUCAUGCAUGGAGGCAAUUAAAAGCUGUGGUUCUGAUGGUGGAGAUGCUUGUGUUGAUUCUUAUGAAAUCUGCACCAAUGUAUUCAAUCAGAUCAUGAGGGUUGCUGGUAAUGUAAAUUACUACGACAUUAGAAAGCAGUGCGAUGGUGAUUUGUGCUACGAUUUCUCAGACGUCGAGACGUUUCUGAACCUGAAAUCAGUUAAGGAAGCACUCGGGGUCGGAGACAUCGGUUUCGUGUCUUGCAGCAGCUUGGUAUACGAAGCUAUGAUUAUGGACUGGAUGAGAAAUUUCGAAGUCGGCAUUCCUUCUCUUCUUGAAGAUGGCAUCAAGGUCCUUGUAUAUGCUGGGGAGUAUGAUCUUAUAUGCAACUGGCUUGGGAAUUCGAAGUGGGUUCAUGCAAUGACAUGGUCCGGGCAGAAAGAUUUUGGUGCAUCGCCAACUGUCCAGUUCGUCGUCGAUGGUGUCGAAGCAGGGAAACUGAAGAGCCAUGGUCCUCUCACUUUCCUCAAGGUCCAUGAGGCAGGUCACAUGGUUCCAAUGGAUCAACCAAAAGCUUCAUUACAGAUGUUGCAGAAAUGGAUGCAUGGGGAAAUAGCCUCAUCUGAAACAGCUGAGAGAAUUGCUCCUAAAUAGUGACCUAACAAGUUUAUAUAUAUAUAUAUAUAUAUCAAUAUGUGGCAUUAAAUUUUAUGCAUUUUUACAGUUUGUUUCGUUGUUCUCAACAGUGUGGCAUACCAUUAAACAAAGAAAUGAGUUUACAGUGA